GGUCCAUCUUCGUGGACACGCCCACGAGGUGCGUGCGCAGAUCACGGCGGACUUUUUGUUUGUUUUUAAAACUGUAUUACUUUUCCACGAAUUUUAUGUAGUCCGUAAAGUCACGAUUAGCGGCUUUAAUCACCAGUUUUGGACGCUUCCCAGAGAUACAACCUACCGCCAGUGGACGUUAAAGCCGGCUAUUUUUUUCCGCUGUUCGUAUGAUGAAGAUGUUCCCUGUGAGGAUGAUGACACCGUCCAAAGCUGCCAAGCAGACCUCAGCUGCAGCAUCGAAAAUCAAAAAUAAGAUUCUCAACACCUCCUCCUUCUUCAAGAUAUCCUUGAAGAACAACAACAAGGCCUUAGCUCUGGCCCUGGAGGCCCAGAGGGAGAGAAGCAGGCAACUGGAGAUGGAGGUGGUGUACCUGCACCAACAGAUGGAGGCUCUCUGCUUCGAGUUGGCCACUAGGAAAUACAAGCACAGGAAACUACUCCUCAUCUUAAAAAACCUGCACAGUAAUACUCUGCAUCACCUGGACAUGGUGACAGACCUCUUCUCUGACAGUGAUUCCCUGAAACUGUCUGAGCACUGCAAGACUUUAUCUGGUGACAUCAGCCAGGACGAUCACAUGGCAGGAAGUCUCACAGGUCAGUUGGCAACCCAGCAAGAAAUUUCACGGAGUUCGUGUGUCAUUCCUAAGAUAUCAACAGAUUUGCCUGAUACAAACCAGGGCAAAGAAAACACAGAUCCUGAGAUGAGACUUGCACAAGCUGCCCAGACACCAACAUCCCGGCCAUCCAGCAGCCUGAGGGACGAAGUGGAGAGGCGGUCUGUGAUGUUCUCUCAGUCUGGCUUUGAUAUAAAGUCUAUCCUGUGCGUCAGGAACAGUCAGAAGUGUGAAAAGUCUACAGGAGACGCUAACAGCGCUGCAGAAACAGAGCCACCGCUCGGCAGCAACCAAGAAAAGACUGUGCUUCUGAACACAACCAUGGACAUGACGCUGAGCGAUGCUGCUGAGAUAUUUGCCGUGGAAACCAAAGCCAAGAGAACAGGGCGCUCCAGCAGUCAGAAAGACAAGAAGAACGAGGAAGUGAGUGCAGAGCAGAUAGACUUGAGUAUUGUACCGUCUGGUUCCUUGUUCCAGCCAGAAGAACUUGAACUUGAGACAUCCAAAAAGCAGUGUGAUAGUAACGUUAUCACCUCUUGCAUCCCCAAACUGAGCAAAAGUCAGGAAAAAGGCAACUUCAGAUCCUGCAACAAUGCCAAACCUCCUAACACUGUCUCACCAGAUCUGGAUGAUUGUUUCCUUGAUCCCAAAAUAAAGCUGUUAAAGGCCGGUGGAGUUGCAGCAGAGACAGAGGAAAUGAUUUCUAAAAUCACAUCCAGGAGGUUUUGGUCAAAAAGAAGGAAGAAGUCUUUGGUCUCCAGAAAGACUUUUGUGACACUCCCCUCUCAUGAAAGUGAGAGCAUUCAGUCCAGCCUGGAGCAGGUUGAUACUGACAUUAAAGAAGCAAGUGAAGCAAACAAACUCCCUGCAGAGUUCGGUGCUCAGCCAGAGUCUGAAAACCCAAGCACUGCUCUCAAAAAACGAUGCAGGAGCACGUUUGUCCUUUCCUAUGUCCCAGAGAGCGGCUCAUGGGACAAAAGAUCCGUCCAUGAAGGAGAGACGCCCACAGAAAGUGAAUCACAUUUGCACACGGAGGCCCGAAGCUCCUUGAAGCGUCCUUGGGUGGCCACUCAGGAAUCCAGGAGCGACGACGUCUGCCACACUGCCUUGGCCUCUGAGGUCCAGGAAUGUAAAAAGGCCCGAGGAGAAGAAAUGGAGUGUUCUGGCAAGAAGAAAGCCACGCUGCAGGAAGAGCGUGAACUCCAUUUAAGUGAUGAGAAAAAGAAAGACAGCUGUAGCAACAGAGAGUUUAGGUUAGAGAGAGAGUCAUACCAUCACCCUGACAGUCCUUACAUCAGUGCAGAACAGUUAAAUGAUCUCGACAUGCCAGUCUCACAGCCUGACUUCGCUGACAUCUUUGAACCUCUGUCUGAUUCCAACAAGUCAAAGUCCAGGACAAAACAAACCAGAUACCCUCGAGAGACGUUUUACCUCUGCAGACAGAGAACCAGAGACAGAAGCGAAAGCAUCUCCCUGAACAACACCAGGAUGUCCAACACGUCAGACGUCAGCGGAGACAUUCUGCAUCAAAAUCUGGGAGACCUGCUGGCGAACAAGCUGCCGAUAUGGCUGUCUAACGACGUCAGCACUGUUGAUACCGAGGUUCACUCCCUGCUCAGGACUCCCAAUAGGGAGACAUCGGGCAAGGGGACAAUGACAGAGGAUUCUGAGACUGUCACAACUGAAGCCUCUCCAGGAAGAGUCUUAACAACGGUGACGAACAUGAUGACAACCCCAGACUGUCAAAGGAGAGGAAGAACCAGGAGACGUGAUGGAGUCGUCAGCUACAAGGAGCCACUGCUGAACAGCAAAAUGAGGCGUGGAGAUCAGUUCACCGACUGCAUGUUCCUCAGCUCGCCAGUUUUUAAAGACAGCAAGAAGAAGAAGAGGCUAAAGAAAAGUGACAAGACAAAGCUGGAACAAACUGUUUUAAUGGCAUGAUUAUUUUCAUUUGCUUAUUUCUGAACUUUAUUUUAACUUUGUUCCUUCAAACCUUAAUAAAGAUGUUUGCUGUGUAAACUUAA